AGCUGCUGUCGCGUCUUGUGGAUGUCAGGAAGGUGAAGUGAAUUCCUGGGACUCGCCGAGCCAAGGCUGGGGCACGACGUGCUGCAGAGCGGGGAUGGCAGAGGCCGAAAUGAACUGGGUGGCAGAGGAGAGGAGCGGCCACUGUGCUGUUCUGGACGGUUGCUACCUGUAUGUUUGGGGUGGUUAUGUGACAUACGAAAAUAAUGAAGUUUAUUUACCCAAUGAUGAAAUCUGGGUUUACGAAAUUGAAAGUGGUGUAUGGCAGAGACGACCAAUGAAGGGAGACCUUCCUCGUCCAAUGUCAGGAAGCUGUGCAGCAUGCUUGAAUGGAGUCAUGUACAUUUUUGGAGGAUAUGAUGAUCUGGGAUAUAGUAAUGAGCUGUAUUGUGUUAAUUUGCAAGUAAAGAAUGAUGUGUUUACUUGGAAGAAGAUCUGUAAUUACCAAGGAAAUCCUCCUACUCCAAGAGAUAAACUUUCUUGCUGGGUACAUAAAGACAAGUUGAUUUACUUUGGAGGCUAUGGGUGUAAGAAAAUAAGUGAACUAAAUGAUUCAUUUGAUGUGAAUGAAGCAUCCUGGGAAGAAGAGAUGUUCUGGGGUUGGAAUUAUGACAUCCAUGUCUUUGAUCCCAGUUUGAAUAUCUGGUACCAGCCAACAAUCAAGGGCACGUCUCCACGACCUCGAGCAGCUCAUGCGUGUGCCACACUAGGAAAUAAGGGUUAUUUAUUUGGAGGAAGGAUACUGGAAACAAGAAUUAAUGAUUUGCAUUGCUUGGACUUAGACACAUGGACAUGGUCUGGAGAAAUUACAGUUAAAGGAAUACGUCCACAGGGGCGAUCAUGGCAUACACUGACUCCUGUGACAGAUGAUCAGCUUUUCCUUUUUGGAGGACUAAGUGCAGAAAGUCAACCUCUUAGUGAUGCAUGGAUCUUCAAUGUUGGAGCUAGUGAAUGGAGGCAACUGGAGCAUUGUCCUAAGAACAGACCCAGGUUGUGGCAUACAGCCUGUUUGGGAAAGGAGUAUGAAGUGAUGGUGUUUGGUGGGAGUAAAGAUGACCUGCUUUCCUUUGAUUCUGGUCACUGUAAUGAUGUGCUGAUUUUUCAAACCCAGCCAUAUUCACUGUUCAGGUUGUGCUUAGACUGCAUUGCUAAAAAUUCCACAGUUUUACAGAGUCAGCUUCCAUGGUUGCCUCGUCAAUUGUUGUCUCAAGUGGAGAAAAAAAUCACUUUCUGGGUUUCAGCUGGACGCCAAGAAAAAUGAAAACUUAUUUUAAACAGAGUUUGAUUUAAGAAUAUUUGCAUAUAUCACAUUUAAUGAUGUAUUGCAAGAGGUAUGUCAUUAUGAUUGGCAAAUGUAAUAUUUGAAGUGUGCAAACCCAAAUUGGGUUGAUAUAAAUGUGAUUGUUAAGUUUUAUUGUAUUCAUUUUGUAGACUGAUUAACAUAGUAGGUAUGUUAAUUCAUUUUAUAUCAUCCUGGGCCAGAUUCUGAAAUAAAUUUGUUUUGAGUAAUAACACCAGUUGUGAUGAUUUUUUCAUCAAUAAAAAUAAACCGGUAAAGCAAGACAUCUCUUGCAUAUUAUUGAGACAAAUGAAGAUAUUAGGUAAGUACAAAGUGCCCAAUUUUUAUUUUCACUAAUCAUUAACUCAUCAUUCAUUGUUGUUCACGAACUACUAGAUUAUCCUUACCACUAUAAGAUCACUUUAUGUUGAAUUUCAGGUAAUUCACAUUCAUUGAUUGCUGGAGACUUCUUUGGACAGUGAUACCAUACAGACCAAUUGUGAAAGCCUUUUCUCUUUAUUCCUGAUGUGUAAUUAUUAAUCGUAAUUAGGAAGUAUCUUUUUAUUGUUAACAAUGUAAAGAUGGGAAGAUAUAUAACGAAGUAACCAUUAUGGGAGACUUGUAUUUUACUCUAAACUUUGGUUAUUGUGAAUUCUUACAUUGUUCAUAUUUACUGUUCAUAUGUCAACAGAAUGUGUUCCAAAUACA